GUUCAUUCUGAAUCUAAAUCUAAAAGCGGAAGUACACAUCUCCAGUAUGACACCCUCUGUUCGCAUUCAUGUCGCCAUUCUCGUGUGCGACACGCCUAUCCAGCCUGUUCUCCAAAAAUAUGGCGACUACUUCGCAAUAUUCCAAGACAUUUUGAGACAAGCCUUCAAAGACUUGGAAAUAUCCGAGAAGCUCAAAGAUAUUACGGUGGAAUUUAGCGAACAUCAGAUGGUGCACAAUAACCGAUUUCCUGAUCUAGAGAACGUCGACGCCGUUGUUCUGACUGGAAGCAAACACGAUGCCUGGGCUGACGAUCAGUGGAUCCGUGACCUCACAAGCAAUGUUCGCGAGACUGUCUUAACACACAAGAAGCCCGUGGUUGGGAUUUGCUUCGGGCAUCAGAUUCUUGCUCGGGCGCUGGGAGCUCGAGUUGGUAGAAACGAAGCUGGAUGGGAGAUUUCUGUCGAGAAGCUCACCCUGACUGAGGCCGGGAAGAAACUGUUUGGAAAGGAUACAUUGAGCAUUCAACAAAUGCACCGGGAUAUUGUUUUUGAUACUCCUGUCGGUUGCACAAAUUUGGCUACAAGUCCAAAAUGUGAAGUUCAGGGUCUUUACUUGCCCAAGCGAGUGCUGUCGGUACAAGGACACCCGGAAUACAACGCAGGUAUCAUGUCAUGCCUGCUCGAAGCCAGGCACGAUAAUGGGAUAUUUGAUGAUGAACUGUAUAGCAAUGGGUUAUCCCGAAUGGGUGAUUCAGAUGACGGGUGGUUGAUAGCAAAGACCAGAUACACAACCUACGCUAUGUCAAACCAAAUUCGUACCAUAUGUCCCUCAACCCACGAGGUCAUUUUUGACCAGCCUGGCACUUCACUCAAUGAAGCUACCAAAGUUGCUGCUGCCUCAAAGCAAGCCUUUGAGUCCUACAGAACAACCUCUCUGGAGGAUCGAAAAAGCAUUGUGAAACGAGCACUGGACAUUAUUGAACAGCGCCGCGAUGAUCUGGCCGGCGAACUGACUGCGCAAAUGGGGCGACCUAUCCGUUAUUGUGCAUCGGAGAUCAACACCAUGCGUCUGCGCGCCGAGUACUUGAUGGAUAUUGCCGAAGAGAGCCUAUCCGAUCUCCCUGGUCGGCCUGAAGCGGGCUUCCGGCGAACGGUCAAGCGUGUUCCCGUGGGACCGGUGCUUAUUGCGGGAGCUUGGAACUACCCUUACCUGACUACUGUCAAUGCUCUUGUUCCGGCACUUCUUGCUGGUAACAGCGUUAUCCUGCGCCCUUCACCGCAGACCCCGCUAUUUGGAAAUAGACUGCUCGAGGUCUUUACUGAGGCAGGACUUCCGCCUCAGGUCCUUCAGGUCAUUCAUAUUGGAAACCUAGAUGUUUUGGAUCAGGUGGCACAGAUUCCUGAAAUCCAGUCUGUCUCAUUUACCGGAUCAACUGCAGGUGGGAUCAGACUCAGGGAGGCAACCGCCCAGCACAUCAAGCCCGUCAACCUCGAGCUCGGUGGAAAUGACCCCGCUUAUGUUCGGCCGGAUGCCGACGUGAAGCACGUUGCAGAGCAACUUGUGGACGGGGCUGUUUUCAAUUCCGGACAGAGUUGCUGUUCCAUAGAGCGGGUAUACGUGCAUGAGCAGAUUUACGAGGACUUUGUUUGCGCUGUGCAGGAGGAGCUGAAAUCGUAUAAACUUGGUGAUCCGCAGGAUCAAAGCACAACAACGGGCCCUGUCAUCUCAACACAGGCCAUGGAGAAGAUCGCUGCUCACGUCAAGGAUGCAAUUGCUAAAGGAGCUGUCAACUCUACCCCUCAGAACUUAAGCUUUGAGGUGGCGAGCAACCCUCAGAUCCAAAAAGGCAACUUUGUCUCUCCGGUUGUUUUGACCAAUGUCAACCAUACCAUGGCUACGAUGAAGGAGGAGACUUUCGGUCCUGUGAUGCCGAUCAUGAAGGUUUCCAGUGAUGAUGAAGCUAUUACAUUGAUGAAUGACAGUGAAUAUGGUCUGACGGCGAGCGUUUGGACGAAGGAUAUCACUCGCGGAGAGGAGUUGAUCGAUCGCAUUGAGGCCGGUACAGUGUUCAUUAAUCGCUGUGACUAUCCAAGCCCGGACCUUGCCUGGACCGGCUGGAAGACAUCUGGCCUGGGAUGCACUCUUGGCCCACGGGGAUACGACGGAUUCGUGAAGUUGAAGAGCUACCACAUCAAGGACGGCUCAGCAUAAGUAGACAGUUCUGGAGAUUAUCAAAUAGUGUUAUAGUCUGG